UAACUGGAGGAUGUCCCAGAGAAAACGAGACGAGGGGAGAGAGAGAGAGAGAAUUGAAUUGAGAGAGAGAGAGAGAGAGAAUUGAAUUGAGAGAGAGAGAGAGAAUACAGUUUUUUCGAACAUCAGCAAGCAGAAAGAGGGGAGGGGAAAGAAGUUGGACAUGAUCACUCUGGCAGUAACUUUCUUUCCCUUGGUAAGAAGGCUACAGCAGAAAAAGUAUUGAAGGGAGAGAACAGUGUGGAUUACAACCGGACAGCAGCAAAUGGUUUUUACCUGCCUCGGCAGCAUAUAGGCUACUGUAGAUUUUGGAUUAAUGUUGUCGUAACUGCAGAGAUCUAACUAUAGCUGUAGCAGUCAAGGUGUGUGUGUAUCCAGAGGAGUGCAUCAUGAGGAAUCUCCGCUUCCUGGUUCUGCUCACCCUCAGCCUCUGGUCAUGUGACCUGGGAGCAUCAUCCAAAGAAGUACAAUGCCCUUCCCAACAGGUAGAUGACUGGAAGUUCCCUCAGACGGCCAGACACAACAUCACAGGUUUCAAUCUGGUGCGGCGCUUCUCCCUGCUCAAGACAGCAGCGGUCAGGAAGAUCCGUAACCCCCGAGGACCCGUUAUCCUCCGACUGGGCAAGACAUCACUCAUCCACCCCACAGAUCAGGUGUUCCCCCAUGGUCUUCCUGAUGAGUUCACGCUGGUCUUCACUUUGCUCCUCAAGAAGAAAACACUGAGAGACAACAUCUACCUCUUCCAGAUCUCUGAUGAACAGGGAUACCCACAGUUCUCUCUUGACCUGAAUGGCCCUGAGGCCACCCUGUCCCUGCGUGCGCGGGGGGCCGACCCCCUGAGUGACCCAGUUGGGUGUUUGUUCAGUGGGGAGGGCGUUGAGUCUCUCCUGGACAGUGGCUGGCACAAACUGUCCCUCAGCGUCCAACAGGGAGCAGCCUCUCUACACGUGGACUGCAGCUCCAUCCAGACCAUGCCCCUGGAGCCCCGGGGAGAGCUACCCACCAAAGGACACACCCUGCUGGGCAUCAGAGCCACUGAUGCUGCCCCUGUGGAGAUGGACAUUCAGCAGGUGAUGGUGUACUGUGACGCCUCCCUGGCCAGUCAGGAGGCCUGCUGUGAGAUACCUGGUGCUCGGUGCCCCCCUGGUGCCCUCAAGAGUCGCCGCGCUGCCGAAAACGAGCUGGAGCAGCAGGUCCUUGCCUUUAAUCAGAUCCUUGGAUCCCAGGGCCUGGCAGAGGAAUUGGCUUCAGUUGGACACGCUGGACAGCACGGAAUGAAGGGAGAGAAGGGAGAUCGGGGUUCAGACUGCAGUGACUCUGGAUCUGGUACAUGCAAAGAGGGACGCAUGGGACAGAAGGGGGAGAAAGGCGAGUCUGUGCUGCCCGCUAACUGGGGAGAAGCUGUCGGACACAAGGGAGAUAAAGGACAGAAGGGAGAUAUUGGUCUCCAGGGACUAUCUGGAACCCCAGGAAAGGAUGGUCGGGCUGGAUCCAUCUGUGUGGUGGGACCCAAGGGACAGAAGGGUACCUCUGGAAAGUUGGGGCCUGAAGGACUAGCAGGAGAACCGGGAAAACCCGGACUUCCAGGAAUGCCAGGAAUUGGAGAACCAGGCCUGCCAGGCCUGCCAGGCACUCCUGGAGGACCUCCUGGAUCAAAGGGAGACAAGGGGCAUUCUGGGACACCAGGGAAAGAUGGAGAACCAGGAGAUCCUGGUCCUAGGGGUCCUGGUGGUGGUAAAGGAGAUAAGGGUGACCCAUGUGAGGUGUGUCCCGUCCUGUCUGCAGACCUGGGCAACACUGUGGCCCUCCACGGGAAGACGGGGCCCAAAGGAGAGCCUGGGGUCCCUGGGAUAGGAGAUCCUGGCCUCCCGGGUCUUCAAGGAGCAGAUGGGAAGGCAGGAGAGAAGGGAGGGGUGGGGUCUGAUGGUGUCAAAGGGGAAAAGGGUGAUGCAUGUGCUGUGUGCCCCACCCUGAGUGAAUUACCUGCUGCCUACCUUGUUGCCAUGGAACAAACCCUGAAACACAAAGGAGAGAGAGGAAAACCUGGGCUGGGACAGAAGGGAGAACAGGGGGAACCUGGAGUCAGUGGCCUGGCAGGGCUGAGAGGAGAGAAGGGUAACACUGGUGGCAAAGGAGCUGACGGUAAAAUGGGCAAAGCUGGACCCAGAGGACCUAGUGGCAAGGAUGGACUGAAGGGGAUACAGGGAGAUCCAGGGAUUCCUGGUCUAGGAACUGCAGGCCCUAAAGGAGAGAAGGGUGCGUCGUGUGGGGUGUGCCAGUCUUCUCCCUCUGAGGUGGGCAGUGGGACGUCCUCCGUCAAGGUGCUAGCGGGUGAAACUGGCCCUCCAGGGCCCGCCGGGCCUGCAGGAGAGGGCACCGACGGCAAACAGGGUGUGCCAGGUCGUGAUGGUCUAAGGGGAGAGAAGGGCGACCAGGGUGAGCAGGGAGACCAAGGAUUAGCCGGCACCCAUGGAACCCAGGGCCUGCCUGGAGAGCCUGGUCGGGAUGGACUAACUGGACUGAAGGGAGAGAAGGGAGAUGCGUGUGAGAGCUGUGCGCCUGUCUCUGGACGGCAGAUGGGUGUAGGAGGGGUGCAGGGAGCCAAGGGAGAGAGGGGCAACCCGGGACCCCCAGGAGAGGGGAAAGCAGGGAAACAUGGCAAACCAGGUCUUCCCGGUGUCCAAGGGCCUACAGGACCAAAAGGAAGCCAGGGUGACCCAGGAGUUGAAGGGGUGGGCAUCCCAGGACCUCAGGGAGCAGAAGGACCCAGAGGCCUACCAGGGGUGGUAGGUCCUCAGGGAAUUAGAGGACUUACUGGACCAGUUGGGCCUGCUGGGGACAUGGGUCCUAAAGGAGAGGAGGGGCCUCCAGGGCCACAGGGGCCCAUGGGUGUAGGUGUUACAGGACCCCAGGGUAAAGACGGCAAAGGUGGAUCCAAUGGAAUCCCAGGAGCUGAUGGAAGAGAUGGAACUGACGGAGCCAAGGGGGACAAGGGUGAACCUGGAGACUGUAACUGUAUCAGCCCUCCAUACGCAGGAACAGGUGGACCGGGAGCACCAGGAACUAUGGGAGGAAACACGUGGCAGGGGGCUCCGGGACAACCAGGUCCUCCUGGUCCUCCUGGGCCACAGGGCUUCAUCGGCAUCACAGGACCCCAGGGUAACCCUGGCAACGACGGGGUACCAGGGCAGCCGGGUCUGCCUGGGAGAACUCAUCUGAGGCUGCCUCAGGAUGAGGACCCCAGUCGAGGAGACGGAAAGAAGGUGUGUGAGGACUGCUCCAAGGGCUUGCCAGGGGUACCAGGCAUGGCGGGCACCAAGGGAGAGAAAGGAGACGAGGGCAAGACUGGCAUAGGCCAUGCUUCCGACGGCUGUGAGAGGUGUUUCCUAAACCAAAGGCUGCAGGGGGAGGAGGCUGCACAGGCUCCUACCACCACCAACACCGAUGGAUCUAAUGGAGGCUGCUCCGGACCAGGAACACCAGGCCACCCAGGAAUACCAGGAGCACCUGGAAUAACGGGAGAGACGGGUCCUCAGGGGCAAAGGGGACAGGCUGGAGUACCAGGAAAUAUGGGUCCUCCUGGUUUUCCUGGUCCUCAAGGCUCAUCUGGACUUACUGGUCAGCAGGGUGAGAGAGGAACAGCAGGACCACCAGGUGUGAAGGGUGAAACAGGCCCUCCAGGGACUAAUGGAUACCCAGGUUCUAUGGGACCACCUGGGCUUCCUGGCCUGAAGGGCGAGAGAGGGACACCAGGCGGUGCGGGAACGAAGGGAGAAUCGGGUCCACCAGGCAACCCAGGAUACCAGGGAAAGGCUGGAGUAGCGGGACCCAAAGGAGAGGCUGGACUGGCAGGUUCCGAUGGACCGAAGGGAGAUCAGGGCUCCCAAGGGCAACCAGGAUUCCCAGGAACACCGGGCCCCCCUGGUCCCCCUGGGAAACAAGGAAGAGAAGGACCACCUGGACCCAAGGCUGACAAGGGUAAUGAUGGACCACAAGGUCCGCAGGGCUCGUCUGGACCUCCAGGUUCUUCUGGGUCUCCUGGCUUGCAGGGACCUCCUGGAUUUGAGGGAUUGGACGGUAAAGAUGGGAAACCAGGAAUGAGGGGUGAGCCAGGGAUUCCAGGGACGGUAGGACCCAGAGGAAUCCCGGGUUUCAAAGGGAAGCAUGGACAUGUUGGCUUCCCUGGACAGAAGGGUGAUGCUGGACCUGUAGGCCCACCGGGGACAGCUGGUAGACCAGGAACUGAAGGUGACGCCGGAGCCCCAGGGCCUCAGGGUCGACCCGGUCCCCCAGGACAGCUUGGUUCUGCAGGAGCAGCGGGGCCCCCAGGACCGGCAGGCCCAGCAGGAGUGGGUAUAAAGGGGGAGAAAGGCCAGGCUGCAGACAGAGGGCUACCAGGGAUGGUUGGCCCCGCUGGACCCCCUGGUCAUCCAGGAAUGAUGGGAGAACCAGGCAAUGAUGGAGCUGCGGGUAAAGACGGAUCACCUGGUCUGCCAGGAGACAAUGGACAAUGUGGUCAAAAGGGUGAAGCAGGUACCCCAGGUCAGAGAGGCGCCCCAGGGGAGCGAGGUCGCCCGGGACCCCCUGGCGGAGGUGGGUACUCCUCCAAAUCUGAUGCCCCAAUGAUGGGCCAAGUGGGACCCAGGGGAGAGAGGGGCACCCCAGGCUCACCAGGCACUGCAGGGUCCCCCGGACCUCCAGGAAUACCAGGCAACGAUCCUGUGGUCAACUAUGACAACAUCAAGGACUUCAUUCGCCAGCAGGUCAUCAAGAUCUUUGAUGAGAGGAUGACCUACUUCAUGUCUCGUAUGCAGCAGCCACAAGAGGUGUCAUCUCCCGGUCGUCCUGGACCCCCAGGGAAGGAUGGUAACCCAGGCAGAGAUGGGAGUCCAGGAGCCCCAGGUCAGCCAGGACAGAUAGGUAGAGAGGGCCGCCAUGGACCCUUGGGACCACAGGGUCCACGAGGUCUAAAGGGAGAGAAAGGUGACAAGGGUGUAGGGGAGAUGGGUGACAGUGGACCCCCAGGAGCACCAGGUGUUCCAGGCCCCCCUGGCUAUGGUAAGAUGGGCCCCAGUGGCCCUGUGGGUCAGCAGGGGAUCCCUGGAGUCUCAGGAACCCCUGGACAGCCGGGUCAGAAGGGCAGGGAGGGCCGGUGUAACCCCUCUGACUGUAUGAGCCAACCAAUAGAGUGGAACCCUAAGGGCCCUCCCAUCAAGGGCCCCUACUAGAGAGAAAGUAUUAAAGAGGAGAGGAGGAGAGAUAGAUGAAACCAACCCAAAGACCAGAAGACACUAGAGAAAGGAGAGGAGGAGAGAUAGAAGAAACCAACUCAAAGACCAGAAGACACUAGAGAAAGGAGAGGAGGAGAGAUAGAAGAAACCAACUCAAAGACCAGAGGACACUAGAGAAAGGAGAGGAGGAGAGAUAGAAGAAACCAACCCAAAGACCAGAAGACACUAGAGAAAGGAGAGGGUGAGAGAUAGAAGAAACCAACCGAAAGACCAGAAGACACUAGAGAAAGGAGAGGAGGGGAGAUAUAAGAAACCAACCCAGAGACCAGAAGACACUAGAGAAAGGAGAGGAGGGGAGAUAGAAGAAACCAACCCAGAGACCAGAAGACACUAGAGAAAGGAGAGGAGGGGAGAAGAGAGAACAGAUCAAACAGAAGACCAGAGCUACCGUCCGAUCAACAGAAAUCAUCCCAGGAGAACAAAUGAAUACUGAAGCACCAAUAGUUGGUGUGGAGGACCCAUCCCUAAUUCAUCAAAGGGUUUGCCAGUUAGCUGUCCUUCUCACCGCCUGUGUAGAAAAUAUAUAUGUGUAGGACCUUCCUCUAACUGAUGCCUUGGUACUGGCUGAAGUGGCUUCAAUAAAGGAGAUAUUUGGACUGUGCUCUCCUCUCUUUCAUAUAUUUUCCCAACUUUAGCUGCCAGCUCUUUCUAUAUGUUAGACAUGUUUAUUUUGACAAUAACAGCAUAUCCAGACUUUGAAAAACGACCUGCAAAUUCUUUAUCUUCUUCACUAUCAUCCUCAUCUUCAUUCUGAUUAUAAAACGUGUCCAUUGGGAGUAUUAGGCAGCUACCUUGUGAUAUUCUGCUUCGAUCUAGCUUCUGUCUAGCCAUAGAAACAAAAUGAAUAGAAUUGACAUGGCACUCCCAUUUCAAAUGCCCAUUCUAAUCGUUCUAUCUCUUUGUACAUUUUGUUUGAUUUCUAUGCUUGAAUAUACUCCCUCAUCACUCCCUUUAACAGAUCUGUCUGCUUUGGCCUUAUGAGAAGUUCUCACCUUCUCUUCCCUGUUUGCGUGAGAAGAACAUAAUGUACACCUCCCAAGAGUGCCUGUUUUGUACAUAAUUCUAUUUAUAUGUAGUAGCUUUUUAUGCCUUUUGGAUUUGGGAUUUGGCGUCAACAUGGCUAACCGUGUUUUCGCUAUGGUCAACUGUCAGGAAUCCACUAUGAGUGUGGUUUUUAUAAGAGUUAUUUGUUCAUAAAAUAUACACGAAAUUGGAGAGAAAUUAUCUUUUUAUGUGAAAGUAAAUUGGAUUUCUAUAUGGUGGUAUAAUUAUGCUUUGGAAGAUAUUUUAAUUCUUGCCUUUGUAUAAAGUACAUGGCAUAAUUUUCAAAACUGCCUCAAAACUGGCAACAAAAAAAAAUCUAGUUAUGUAGCAAUUUAUCAACAAGUCUCUUACAUUAUCAAGCUUAUUUUUUGACAACAGAGCAACUGUAAAGGGAUAUUUGUUUCUCGUCCAGCACACCACUGGUUACUGUAACUAAAAUAGGGUUGCACAAUUCAGGUAACUUUCCAAAAGUUCCCAGGGUCUUCAGAAAUCCUUGUUUGGAAGAGGGAGGGGAUAAGCAGAACAUUCGGAAUCCUCCAACCAGGAUUUAUGGAAAACCUGGGGACUUUGGGCAAGUUGCCGUCAUUUGGCCAUGCUUAACGGAAAUAGAUGCUCUUUGACCACUAAGAGAAACAGGCUGAAUUUUCAUAGAGGCUGUUUAGCAUCUUCACCCAAACCUUCGCUGGCAUCGCUGUGCCAAUCAGCUUCCCCUCGUAUCCAUUACUGAGUACAACUUGUAUGUCUCCUGCCUUGUAUGUUGUGUUGUUUUGAAUGUUUGCAGUUUUACUUGUCAUCUAUACACUACAGGCCAGGGUGUCAGUAAGGGUGUCAGUAAGGGAUUUGUCACCAUGUUUAGAUUCAUAUGGAUGUUCUGAGUUGUUAUUGGAAGAGCCAUGAGGUUUUCCUGAUGUUGUCACUGUCCAUAGUGAUUUCUGGUCAGGAAAACCUACUGACCCUAGUUAUACUGAACAACCACCCCAAUAGUUCUCCCCUCUUCAUUCCUAGCUUUCAUAAACAUCUUGUUGAAACAACACCGCUGUUCCCCUGCUACUCUCAGUAUAUCUGUUGUGUGUUUUAUGUUGGCAUCACUUUUUGUAAAGAGAUGUUUUUUUUUUUAUGAAAACGUUUCAGAAAAAGUUAAUAAAAUGUUUUAAGCAGA